UGUUUGGUUUCGCUUUGCUUGGCUUCGGAUGAUGAUGCCAAGAAAGAGGAAGACGAGCAUGGGGCGCCAGAAGAUCGAGAUCAAGCGCAUCGAGAGCGAGGAGGCGCGGCAGGUCUGCUUCUCCAAGCGCCGCGCCGGCCUAUUCAAGAAGGCCAACGAGCUCUCCGUCCUCUGCGGCGCCGAGCUCGCCCUCAUCGUCUUCUCCCCCGCCGGCAAGCCCUUCUCCUUCGGCCACCCCUCCGUCGACUCCAUUGUCGACCGCUUCCUCUCCCGCGGCCCCGCGCCGGCUCCGCCUCCGCCUCCUCACCCUCUCCCUCUCCCUCUCCCUCCCCACGCGGCGGCCGCUUCCGCCGACCGCCGCAUGCUCGUCCCCGCGCGGCCGUCCGCGGUGCACGAGCUUGACCGGCAGUACUCGGAGCUGACCGAGCGGCUCGAGGCGGAGAGGCGGAGGCGGGAGGCGCUGGAGGCCGCGCUGAGGGGACAGCGGGGCGCCGCGGCCCACCUGCUAAACGCCAACGUGGAGGAGCUCGGGCUGGCGGAGCUCGAGCAGCUGCAGGGCUCGCUCGAGAGCCUGCGGUGGGACGCCGCCCGGAGGGUGGAUCAGCUGGUGUUCGAGGCGCAGACGAGGAGCCUUGUCAUGGCCGGAGACGCCGGUGGCAGUGGCUUCGUCGCUACUGCCGAGGGGAGCAUGGUGAUUCCUCCUCACGGUGGCUUCAACUAUGGCUAUGGCUCCUUCUAACUGCUGGUCUGGUAGUAUGGUUUAGCUUCAGUUCUGUUUCUGGUGUCUGCAAUAAAACGAUUGCAACAGAUUCAACAAA